UGGGGUGCGACCACGCAACAAUCUUGAAUAUUCUUGCUCAUAGAAGCGCGAAACAUCGUACUCAAAUAAGGCUGGAGUAUAAAACUAAGUUUUCGGAAGACUUUGACCAUCGCUUGUCUAAAGAGCUUAUGUUUAGUCCUGAUCUUAAGAGAGCACUCUUACUUUGGAUGGAUGAUCCGGCAAGCCGUGACGCAAAAAUAGUGAAACGUGCUUUAAGUAAAAACCUCAUUACUGUUGCAAUUGAAGUAAUAUGUUCUCGUACUCCAUCCCAACUUGAAGAGCUGAAAAAGGUUUAUCGUACAAUGUUCACGACUUACCUUGAUGAGGAUAUAGAUCAAUCUCAUGCAAACGGCGACAAUAAAAAGUUGUUGGCCGCAUAUGCAGGUGCAAUACGCUCAGAAAGCUCAAAAGUAGAUGCAGUGAUGGUAGAUAAAGAUGCCAAAGACCUCUUUAAAGUUGGGCAGUGGAGAUUCGGAACUAUUGAGGAGACUUUUAUUCGCAUAUUCAGUGAAAGAAGUGGUGCUCAUUUGGUUGCGAUUAAUUCUGCGUAUUGCAAAAUGUAUGUGAAUUCAUUGAAAAAGGCUAUAAAGAAGGAAACAUCUUCGAAAUUCAAGUGUGCGCUUUUGACAAUUUUAAAAUGUGCUGAGAAUCCUGGAAAAUACUAUGCCAAGGCAUUGCAUAAGGCGAUGGUCGGCCUUGGAACUGAUGAUGAAACACUCACUAGGAUUAUUGUGUCAAGGGCUGAAGUUGAUAUUGAGAAAAUAAAGACAGAGUACCACAAAAAAUAUGGGAAAUCAUUGAGUGACGAUGUUCGUUCAGAUACUUCUGGACAAUACAGAGCAUUUCUUCUCUCGCUUUUAAACCCCAAUGCCUAGGUAAUGGGCCAUGGAUCAUGUAUCUCUAAAUUCUUUAUCAAGAUGUCUCAAUGCAUUUACACCCGCUUGAACUAAUGAGAAUCUCAAGUAUAAGAAUUUUCACGAAUUGAAAUCAUGCGGUAGAGAUUAAUGCAUUGAGAAAUUGAAAAAUAAAGAGUUUUGAUCGAUGAUAAAGCCUCCUGUCCCUAGAUAAGGCAUCCAUUAGGUAAAGUGUGAUAUAAGGUGUGGAUUUGGACUUCUCUCUCCCUCUCUCUCAGUUUUCUUAGUUCCUGUGUGAUAUAAGGUGUGGAUUUGGACUUCUCUGUCCCUCUCUCUCAGUUUUCUUUGUUCUUGUGUGUUUGCGUUUUAGGUUGUAUGGUUGGUGAUUUCAGAUGUAAUUCAGUGGCUACAUUAUAAUUAUUUGUUGUUAUUAAUAAACUCAUUUUGGUUGUAUGAGAAAAAUACUUUCA